AUGACCACAGGGCAGAAGGAGAGCAGGAAGAAGAGCAUGGAUAUGGCAGCAGGAUUACCUACUCACCCAGGCUUUGGGAGAUCAGGGAAGAGCUUCCUCAUGGACAAUCUGCUGCGCUCGGCGGGGCCAUCCUCUUCCUCAUCCUCGCCCAACUCAGAUGGACCAACGGGUGGGAUCUUCAUGGGUCCCCCGACCGGCCACCACAUGAGAACCUGGGGCCCUCAGCAUGUUGUCUACGAGGGCCAGAGUCAAAACUGUAAACGAGUCAAAGACAUGGGGCUUCCUCCUCGGCCACACUCAGGUAAAAGCCUUAUAUGAUACAAAACAUCAUGAUGAGAUCUAGCCUGUAGACAUUUGAAACCACACUUCGGGAAAAUGCAUGUUUUUGAUUUUGUUUAGUGUAUACAUUUUGAAUAUAUCUUGUCUAAUGACAAUUGAUGUUCUUCCGAUUUGACCAAACCAGUUAUUUUGACUCUGUACUAUCCCUCAUUUCAAAGUACGUAUAAGCAACAUGAUUUGAAACAUUCAGAAUCAAUCAAGUUUAGCUUAUUUCCAGAAAUAACACAAAACCUUUUGUAUAGAUUUAUCAUUAAAAAGCCACUGUAAGGAAAUGCAAACACCACAAUAUCUUACUUUAUUUUCCUUUUAUGUGUUCAGUUCAGAUAUACUAUGUAUGUUUCUGAUAAUAAUAUCAGAUAAACAUUUGAUAUGCUAUACUGGCUUUUUCUUAAUUUGCUUUAUUUUUAGUAAAGUAAAUACAAUUCUAAAACAUUAGAAAUUGUAUUAAUCAAAGAGUUUACUGAAGAAUGCUUAUGUUUAAGACCUAUUCUAAAAGAUAAGACAUAACAUAGUACUACACAUGUAAAACAUGGCAUUAAUGACAGUCAAAGCAGAAUAUUAAAGCAGCAAUCAGCAGUUGAAACAAUAGCAAAGCAUUUUUCCCGCCCCUGUUUCGGUAAAUAGCUGAGGGAUAGGGCUGGAGAAAUGUAACCACUCUCAAAUUCCUAGACAGAGCUAUGGAUACAAGGACUGACCAUCAAUGCUAUCAAAUUAUAGUUUUAACCAUGUUUUGAGGCUAUAUAGUGCUUUGUUUACAAACAUUUGAGUAAAACAAGCUUAUAUUUUGGGUUCUGAUGGGGUAUGACAGUUGAACUAAGCUCAUGAGCCGUAUAUAAUAUUCUUAAAGAAUCAAUGGGUACAUAUCAUUAAUUUAUAUGUCCAAAAAUGGAUGUAGCAACUACAGAUUGCCCCUUUAAUGACAUACUGUAUAACCAAAUGCUGUUAUGUUCUACCACAUUGCAUUUCACUACAGCCAAAUUGUAUAUAUAUUUUUUUAUAUACAUUUAAUUUGCAGACAAUAACCAUUUGGCUACUCAAAACAUGAUGUUUGUUAUUGUUUUUCUUCUGAGUGGAUGGUUUAGCAGAAAUAUAUAUAUAUUUCCACCACAAUUUAUUCAUGGUUUUCACCUGCCAGUAUUUAUUAUUAAUGUACAGUAUAAUUUAAUGAAAGUCCCUCCCUCCCUCCCUCCUUCCUCUCUGCAGGCCUGUUGAGCAGUGUGUUUCUACGGGGCCCUCAGUAUCUGCUGGCAGCAGUGUGCUGUGGUGGGUCCAGCCCUCCGUCUAUCUUCUCCGGUGAGUGUUUUAUGCUUCAUCAGCGAAGCCUCAGCUCCUCUCUAAGCAUUAGCAGCAGGGUCUCCCAUACUCUCUACAGCUAAUUACUGAUGCAAUGCCAGGAAACUAAUUCUCCACUCAACUCUCUGCACUGCUAUUCAUGACCAUUCACAGCUCUUUAGACCCAGGGGGUAGGGUGGGGAGUAGGAUAUGGAGUAGGGGGGGGGGGGGGGGGGGGGGGCUUUUAUGGCCGUUGAGGCCCCCAUUUGCACUCAUAUAGAUACACACACCGACUCACUCCAAUAUGCAGAGCUAAUAAACAUUUUGUCUCUGUGAGAUUAGAACUGUAAUGAUCAGUGGUAUGCCACUGUAACAGUCUCUUACUGGUCUCUGUGUGACAUUUUUAUUGCCUCUCAGUGGCAUUGAGCUCAGCCUCAGCACAAUGGAACAUUUGGCUGAUAGUUGGUCCAACUGUGAUAAUUGGUCCAGUGUGAGUAAACUGUUUAUGAUCCUGCCAAAGGAAGGGAUUGUUUGUGUUUAUAAUGAGGCUCUUAAGAUGAUUUCCUGUAGCUGAUUAUCUGAAAAAUCUACAUCAAACCAGAAUCUAUAUUCCCUGGAAUAUGGAUCUGAAUUGUGUUAUGUAAUUGCAUUUGUUGUGAAGUCUGUAUUAACCUUUUCAUAGGAGAAGUCUCAUUAUGUGAACAACAUCAAUUUCUCCUAACUUCUGUCAGGGUUGUGAUGCUAGUUUCUAAGUCCUGUGACUCCUGACAAGUGAGGAAGCGAAUAGCAUCCCUCAGUAAAUACCCCCUGGUCCCUCUUAGUGGGCUAACACUUUCCCACAGUGCCCAGCAACAGGACAAUGCUAUGCCCGGCCAUGACAAAUCGGCACUUUCGCUCCACCAUCCACACGCGACCCCGCUGCAAUUUUUCACCGCAGCAAUGAAUUCUGCGAAGCACAAAACACAGAAAACACAGCCAUUCCUCUGCAGAAAGGGGGCUUUGCCCGGGAACAGCCCACUAACCCUUUGUGUGGCCAAAGAACCCAGUUUCCCGACUCCCUCCUUUCUCCUGUCACCUCACUCUCAUUCCUGCCCAUUUAAAGUUCCCUUAAUGGAACAUAAGAACUCAAUGAAAGUGACUUUUAUAGACUUAUUCGAGCUCAUCUUCCCAUAGAACCGGGCCCAUACCUGCAAGAGAAAAGAAUUAGUGAGGAGCGCUGAGCCAGCAAGAGUAGUGGCCUUUCAACGAACAGUCUCUUUUGUGGUGGGUCCCUCAGGGUUGUGAGCUCAGACCAAGGGGGCAGACACACACGUAGCCCCCGGGAGUGACCUGUUAAUCGUCCGUUUAAGUGGAAGCCAUUGAGGCCCAAUGGAGGCCUGAGGAGCGUGUCUAAACCGGUUACUCGCUCCCCCGAGGUGGUCUGUGUGCAGAUUUGUCGGACAGAUUAAAAAGGCAUUGCUCAAUGGGAUUUGGUAAAUUGUUCCACUUGACUUUUGUUGUGUGUGCACCUGUGAGUGAGGCAGCGUGGGAUUGCUCCUCAGAGUUCACCAAAUCCCUUUCUCCCCGGUGAAAACGGGUCUCCAUUCUCACUUUAGUCACCCCCAUUUUGUUAAAUUAGACAGAUUGACGCAAGUGGAGAGUAAGCGUGUAUAAGAUUGGCUACAGGAGAUGGGCACAAUCCAUGUAGAUAGUGAGUGAGGAAGUGAGCCAUUUAGUAGAGUCUGCCUUUUAUAAUCAGUAUGAGGAUAUAUUCAGUGCUUUGGACUGGACUGGACAUGAUAAACCAGAAUAAUGCUGCAUUUGAAUAACAAUCGGAGCAGAUAAUUUGCCCAUUUAUUAUUUGGAUGAUUUUCUAUUUCGUUCCACUUGAUAUGGAAAUAUAAUACAUUUCUUUUGCGUAUUCAAAUGUGUAAUUGUUAUUGACCUUAUUUAAGUAAGACUAUUUCUAUAUUCAAAUAUUGGUACUUGUCUCUAGUAGUGCAAUGUGCCAUUGCCUUCACGCAACAGAGAACAUACGUCAAUGCAAAUGAGUUAACUCAUCCAUAACCCAAUGACAUUUCCCUUUCAGGUUAUUAUUAGAUAUAAUACAAACAUUAAUAUGAAUGAUUCUAACCUCUGACCUUCCAGAGGGAGCCAACAUUCCGAUGUGGUCCCCGGAUACGAGCCCCAAAUCCCGGCGAGGGAUCCUGAGGAGGGCGGUGUUCUCUGAGGAACAGAGGAAGGAGCUGGAGAAAACGUUCAAGAGACAGAAGUACAUCAGCAAGACAGACAGGAACAAACUGGCAGCAGAUCUCAGCCUGAAGGAGUCUCAGGUAGGAAACCAUAUAUCUCCUAUAUAGGUCGGAGGUCACCAUAACAACCUCAUUUUACAUCCCAUGCUACAUCAUAGGCCUUCUCAUCUCACCUCUUCAUUGCAUACAAACACAUCUUACUGGGUCUUAUUUGGGUGCCCCAGCCUAAAUUGAGUAAAUAUCUAGAGUCACUUCUAUUGUAAGAGAUCAUGCUCUCUGCUGUAUCACAGACUUAGAUUUGACUAAACAAAAUGAAUGGCACCUCAGUAUGAACCUCUCACUGACUUGUGUGUCUACUGUAGGUGAAGAUCUGGUUCCAGAACCGGAGGAUGAAGUGGAGGAACUGUAAGGAGAAGGAGGCCCACAGCGGCCGCUCCCCCAUGGAGGAGCUCAUGUCCCGUGGCUACAAACAGGAAGAGGAACGCAAGGAGGCACCAGAGAGCACGGGCACGCCAUUAGACAGAUCAUCAUCACAGCAGCGGGACAGGGAAACGGGAGUUACCAUAGAGAAAGAGCCAUGCAAGACUUUGAUACAGCCACUGAGUCUGCACACACUAUGACCUCUGACCCCUGAGAGGAUUAAAGACUGAGAGAAACCUCUGGGCAAAAACUGGUUGAAUCAACGUUGUUUCCACAUCAUUUCAACAAAAAAAUUAUACAUGACUUUGAAUCAACGUGGAAAACCGAUUGGAUUGGAAAAAAGUCAUCAACAUAAGGGAAUUUUGUAUUUUUUUCACCCAACAUUUAACCUAAAUCCAAUGGCAUGGUGAAAUUUUUUGUUGAUUUCACAUUGAAUUCAUGUUAGUUGACAACUCAACCAAAUGUAAACCAAAACUAGACGUUGAAAUGAUGUCUGUGCCCAGUGGGAAGAUGAGGGUCAGUGUUGUGAGGCAUGAUUGAAAAGGGACUGUCUGAGCAUUGGAUAAAACGACUAACACUCCAUAACAAUAAAAUACUUUUCAUUUUAGUAUUGUGUGGGUUGCUAUUGUGUAGCAACAUUUUGGAGACUGACUAAAAGUGUUUUUGAAUGUGUUUUCGGAAAGCGUUUUUGAAUAAUCAAUACAAAUCUCAAAAACAAAACUUUUAUUAGACCAUACGCUGUAUAUUAACACACAUUGAAGGUUAGUCAGCUACACACAACCAUGUAUAAAUGCUUUAACAUGUAAUAUUGUAUUCAGAAUGUUUGUUUUACUCUUAACUGAAACAAUUGCUGUAAAUAAAAUGAUUAAUUAAAUGCUGAUUUCUUCAUUCCAUGUUAAUAUUCAAGACGUUGAGCAUGCAAACUUAAUAAGUUAGUCUUUAAUAUUUACAAAAAUACAGUUAAUAACUAAAGAUAGUGCUUUCAACCAAGGACCUCAGGAAAAAUAUCAAAUAAAUGGCAGAUAUUAAAAAUAUAAAAUGAAAAAUAAAUAACAGUGUGCAAAUCAAACAUAGCGAAUGUCAGAUGUUAUGCUGGAACUGUGCAACCAAAGCGGAUGUCAGAUUGCGGUGUGGACAGCUGGACACACCUCAACAGCCCUGCUCAGGGAGGAUGGUACACUUAAGGAUGUGGAGGUAGCUCUGGACCUUGUUGGUGUCUCGUCUUUUUUUUUUUUUUUUUUUUUUUCCACCUUUAUUUAACCAGGUAAACCAGUUGAGAACAAGUUCUCAUUUACAACUGCGACCUGGCCAAGAUAAAGCAAAGUAGUGCGAUAAAAACAACAACACAGAGUUACAUAUGGGGUAAACAAAACAUAAAGGCGGCAGGUAGCUUAUUGGUUAAGAGCGUUGUGCCAGUAACCGAAAGGUCGCUGGUUCUAAUCCCCGAGCCGACUAGGUGAAAAAUCUGUCAAUGUGCCCUUGAGCAAGGCACUUAACCCUAAUUGCUAAUGUUAGUCGCUCUGGAUAAGACCGUCUGCUAAAUGACUAAAAUGUAAAAUAAACACGAAACAAUUUUGUAUCAACACUGGAAUGAUAGAUGUGCAAAAGAUGCUGUACAAAUAGAGAUACUGGGGUGCAAAUUAGCAAAAUAAAUAACAAUAUGAGGUAGUUGGGUGGGCUAAUUUCAGAAAGGCUGUGUACAAGUGCAGUGAUCGGUAAGCUGCUCUGACAACUGACGCUUAAAGUUAGUGAGGGAGAUAAGAGUCUCCAGCUUCAGAGUUUUUUGCAGUUCGUUCCAGUCAUUGGCAGCAGAGAACUGGAAGGAAUGGCGGCCAAAGGAGGUGUUGGCUUUGGGGAUGACCAGUGAGAUAUACCUGCUGGAGCGCAGACUACGGGUGGGUGUUGCUAUGGUGACCAAUGAGCUAAGAUAAGACGGGGAUUUGCCUAGCAGUGAUUUAUAGAUGACCUGGAGCCAGUGGGUUUGGCAACGAAUAUGUAGUAAGGGCCAGCCAACAAGAGCGUACAGGUCACAAUGGUGGGUAGUAUAUGGGGCUUUGGUGACAAAAUGGAUGGCACUGUGAUAGACUACAUCCAAUUUGCUGAGUAGAGUGUUGGAGGCUAUUUUGUAAAUGACAUCGCCGAAGUCAAGGAUCGGUAGGAUAGUCCGUUUUACGAGGGCAUGUUUGGCAGCAUGAGUGAAGGAGGCUUUGUUGUGAAAUAGGAAGCUGAUUCUAGAUCUAACUUUUGAUUGGAGAUGCUUAAUGUGAGUCUGGAAGGAGCGUUUACAGUCUAACCAGACACCUAGGUAUUUGUAGUUGUCCACAUACUCUAGGUCAGACCCGCCGAGAGUAGUGAUUCUAGUCGGGUGGGCGGGUGCAAGCAGCGUUCGGGUUGAAGAGCAUGCAUUUAGUUUUACUAGUGUUUAAGAGCAGUUGGAGGCUACGGAAGGAGUGUUAUAUGGCGUUGAAGCUCGUUUGGAGGUUUGUUAACAUAGUGUCCAAUGAAGGGCCAGAUGUAUACAAAAUGGUGUCGUCCGCAUAGAGGUGGAUCCGAGCGUCACCAGCAGCAAGCGCGACAUCAUUGAUAUACACAGAGAAUAGAGUCGGCCCGAGAAUUGAACCCUGUGGUACCCCCAUAGAGACGGCCAGAGGUCCAGACAACAGGCCCUCCGAUUUGACACAUUGAACUCUAUCUGAGAAGUAGUUGGUGAACCAGGCAGUCAUUAGAACCAGGCAGUCAUUAGAGAAACCAAGGCUAUUUAGUCUGCCAAUAAGAAUGCGGUGGUUGACAGAGUCGAAAGCCUUGGCCAGGUCGAUGAAGACGGCUGCGCAGUACUGUCUUUUAUCGAUCGCGUUUAUAAUAUCGUUUAGGACCGUCUUUAUAAUAUCGUCUGAAGCAGUAGAGGAGGUAAUGGUGGUCCAUGGGGUCUCUCUCCAAGGGGGAGGAGGAGGGGGGAGGAGCCAGGGCUUCAGAGGAGGACAGGUCACUCAGAGAGUUACUGAUCACUCCCAGCAAUUGCAUCUGAGGCAGAUAAACACACAGAGACCGUGUCAGUGGGAUACAAAUCACUCUAGUCAACAGGCUGCAGAGAUGGAAGUAUGCACAUAGUAGUCACACUCUUUUGCACACACACACACACACACACACACAGUGUCUGAUUCUUACCUUCUCAGUCACUCUCUCCACUCCGUUCUGUAGUUCCUGCAGUAUGUCGCUCAUCUCCAGAGCCUUGUUGGAGCUGAGAGCUGAGCCUGAGCUUGGCCCUGAGCCAUGCUGUGGUGGAGCUGGGACAGGGGGUCUCCCCAAGCCCCCAGAAGCUUCAGGAUUACCUCUGUCAGCUCCUCUCUCUGGCAGGGAGGGGAGGAGGGGUGA